UCCCGCGACUCCCUGGUGGCCCAAAUCAAAGCUCGAGAUGCAGAUGAUGGGGCCAAUGCUGAGCUCACCUUUGCCUUCCUGGAAGAGUCCCAGCAGGACCUGUUCACCAUCAACCCAAGUACUGGGGACAUUGUGCUGAGGGGUGACCUUUCUGAAGAGCUGGGACAACUAUUCAAGGUCAUCCUCACUGUGACAGACAAUGGCAGACCUCCUCUGGCCACAACUGCAACAGUCAACUUCCUGGUGACCGCCACUGCUCCGUCCAGUAUCCAAGACAUAGCCAAGCCCAGCUCCUGGGAAGGAAAGGCUUUGCAGUGGGACAUCCCUCUGAUCGUGAUCAUUGUCCUGGCAGGCAGCUGCACCCUCCUUCUAGUGGCUAUAAUCACCAUCGCCACCACCUGCAACAGGCGCAAGAAGGGAAACAACAUCAAAAGCAACACUGCCUUGAAGGACCAGAUAGACAUCUCCCACCUGGAGAAGGGCCAUCAGGAGGAGGGCAGCCAGAGAGGGAACAUGUUUGAGGUACGAACCUUUCGCAAAACCUCUUUCACCAGCCCCGAGCCCUCUCCAGCUGCUGAAGAGAUCUCCACCACAGAGAGUGGCAGCGACAGCACUUGCCUCUACGAGGGUCAGAAGAGGCUGAGGGGACAGAGUGGGGAGCAGGGUUUUGCUGCCACUCCGAGCUACAACAAAGAGCCUGCUCCCCCCGUGGCCAUUUGGAAGGGACACUCCUUCAAUACCAUCUCCGGCCGGGAGGCAGAGAAGUUCAGUGGCAAAGACAGCGGCAAAGGCGACAGUGAUUUUAAUGACAGCGACUCAGAUAUCAGUGGAGAUGCUCUGAAGAAAGAUCUCAUCACGCACAUGCAGAACGGUCUGUGGGCAUGCACAGCUGAAUGCAAGAUUUUGGGACACUCCGACCGGUGCUGGAGCCCCUCCUGUGGCCGAGCCAACCCUCACCCCUCUCCGCAUCCUUCAGCACCUCUCUCCACCUUCUGCAAGAGCACAUCCUUGCCCAGGGAUCCCCUUCGCAGGGACAACUUUUAUCAAGCCCAGCUGCCCAAAACAGUCGGGCUUCAGAGCGUCUAUGAGAAGGUGCUGCACAGGGACUUUGACCGGACGAUCACACUCCUCUCCCCACCGCGCCCUGCACGGCUCCCUGACCUUCAGGAGAUCGGGGUGCCCCUCUUCCCAGCCCCCUCGACUAGAUACCUGGGCCCCCAGACUGAGACGACUGAGAAGGCAUAGCCCAGCAAGCUCCCCCUCAAGUGCACCCCUCCCUGCGCACACAGCAAGGUCACUCCCGAGAGCCUUUAAGUUAUUGACCAGAUCCAGUGUCGUAUGUGUAAAUAUGCAAGAUGUGCCUUAAAAAUGAAGUCGUUUGGGAAAGAUUUCCAAUCAGAUCAGUACUGUUUGAUAUUUGCAAACAAAAAAAAUUGUUUGUAGUUAAUGUAAUUUUUAUGAAAUGUGCAGUAUUUAAAUUUCUUUUCAUGUUUUCUACAUUGGGGUUUUUUCUUUUGCUUUUGUUUUACCCAUGGCCUGCCAUUUUUUGUAGUGUUUUUAACCUGUACAUUGUGUAAUGUAAUGUUUGUACAUAAUGAAAAUUUGUUAUAUUUUUAUAUAAUAAAUACUUAAAAAUGGGAAUUCUUGCCAAAGGAGCUGUCUGAAAGACACAGUAAUAACAAUUAAUAAUAAUAAUAUCCUGAAUAUGUAGAAUCUUGUAAGGGAAAUUCCUCUUUCACGGUGUAAUAAUAACCUAAGCAACCCAGUGUACUGAGAAGUUUGCCUUGCCAAAUGUGACUUGUAUUUCUUGAGUCUGUGGUCAACUUA